CGGCCGCUGUGGGCGUGCAGGCGCUGCACCGCCCCGACCUCCCCCCGCUACCCCCCACGCUGUUUAUUCUCGACCCGCCUGGCGGGGAGCCAGUCGAACGCGUGACGCGCAACGAACCGCACGCGUGCGUCAGGCAACCAAAACAAUCGCAAUAAACAAGCUUUAGACAAAACCAAACAGGGGGUGUUUAGACGGCGUUAGUGUGAGCGGGGAGUGUGAACGCGGCACAGUGGCGGCGACAGUGGGACGGGUGGAAUGCGCGGGAGUGGAGACGUUUAGCGCGCGCGUACGCAGCGACACCGUGCCGCCCUCCGAGCAUCCGGCCAUGGCGACCGAGACCGGCGGCGCCGCGGUCGGCGGCGAGCAACAGUACUCGCUGCGGUGGAACGACUUCCACUCGGCCAUGGUCUCUUCCUUCAGGAGGCUGCGGGACGAGGAGGACUUCGUCGAUGUCACCCUCGCCUGCGCCGGUGCCACCUUCAGUGCACACAAGGUGGUGCUAUCGGCGUGUAGUCCUUACUUCCGAAGACUGUUGAAAGCGAACCCGUGUCAGCAUCCUAUUGUUAUCUUACGCGACGUCCACGACAAAGAUAUGGAGAGUCUACUCAGGUUUAUGUAUCAGGGAGAAGUACACAUCGGUCAAGAACAGCUAAAAGAGUUCCUUAGAGCAGCGCAGCUCCUGCAAGUGCGGGGCCUGACUGACGUCCCUGCGCCAGCGCCAGUGCCUACAUUAGAUCAAAAAUCUUCGCCCUCUGCGUCAUCAUGGACGGAGACAGGCAGUGGGGGUUCCCGGGAAGGACGGGAGUCACAGCAGCGGGAAGGGAGGCGGUCGAGGAGACCAGAAGAUGGCGCUGCUAACACACCACCGCCGAAACGAGCGAGGUCGUCAGAUCUGUAUCAGGCACAACUAAAAACAAGGACAGAGCAACUGAUGCAGGUGCAGGGUUCGAGCCCAGAACGUUUGGGGGCGAAUGGACAUGAACUGGGACUGUUUGGGCAGGUGCUGGACAGCACGCAAAACCAACACCUUUCAGGGGCAUCCAAUAACUUGUCGGGAGACGGCGAGGAAUCGUCAUCAGACGCUGGUGCUAGCGACACGGAGGGCGAGACGAGGGCCAAGCAAGAGCCGCUGGACUACGACGACCCAGCCACCAUGGCCAACACCAACGGAACCCUCUCCAACUUCCCAGGACUACUCAAUCUGCCAGGUUUCCCUGGAUUACCAGGCCCGUCAGGAAUCGCAGAUAACUAUGCUUGCCGGCGGAAUCAAGACCUGCUGAGGGUACGAGCUACGGACCCUCGUCCAUGUCCCAAAUGCGGCAAGAUUUACCGCUCUGCGCACACACUCAGGACGCAUCUGGAAGACAAGCAUACUGUCUGCCCUGGAUAUCGUUGCGUGCUGUGCGGCACCGUGGCCAAGUCCAGGAACUCUCUCCACUCGCACAUGUCGCGGCAGCACCGCGGGAUCUCCACCAAAGACCUGCCCGUGCUGCAGAUGCCCACCAGAUUCGACCCGGAGCUUGCCAGCCAACUACUAGCCAAAGCGGGCGUGAAGGUGUCCCCCGAACAGUUACGAGCUCGGGCCUCGCCCACCGGUCCGCGACGGUCGGACAUAAAGCUGGACGCCAAGUCUGCCGCUUCUGAGAGCAGCUCCAUCUGCGGAGACAACGACAACGACGAUCUCAGCCAGUCCCGCUACCAGGACAGCAUACCUGUCUCGCCGCCGCACAUAAACAAUCUUGCCAACACGACCAUCACAAAAGUGCCAGCAGUCCGCGCCGUCACAGCCAAGACAAUGGAGAACCUGCCUCACAACCUCGGCGCUGCGAUGAAGCAUGAUGAUUACCCGCCCGGCUACGGAGGCUCCGCUAUACUCGACACCUAUAUGCAGUACUUCGGUGAGAACUUAUUCGGUAUGAACGCUGCGAAAUUAGCACAACAAAUGACUACUAUGCACAUGGACAGGAAGACAUACGACGAGCCUUCCCCACAGAUGGGGUCACUGCCCCCGCACCCAACCAACUUGGCUCACCAGCGCUUUCUGAAGCAGAUGCAGCGGCAAUACACAGACACCAUGACCAAGCCUGAUAUCAUGCGUAAUUCUGACGAACCACUCGAUUUGGGUAAAGAGAGACAGAGGAAUGACAGCAUCAGUGACAUGGAAAUAGAUAAACAUGAAGCUGCAGAUAAAGAGAACAGUAAAGAUUACAAUGACGAUGAUAGAAACAGAAUGAAUAAUUCUGAGCAGGACAUGGAUAAUAGCGGGCAAGAAGAAGGGGAUUACUCAGAAGACGAACACAAGAACGCGUCAUGAAAUAAUAUUGACGUCACAGUAGGAGUGUUGAAUUAGUCGCGCAGCCGACGAACACAGGACAGUUUUGUUGAUGGUUUUUCAAACGGUGCUUGAGUGUUAUAUUUUGUGGUCAUUAGCUGAUUCUUCGUUUUACGGUUUAAUUGUUGACCCGUGGAAUGUCGUUGGUGCCAUUUCCAAUAUUGUAAUGUAAAUUUUAAAUGUAGAAUUAAUGGUUUGAGCCCGUGCCAGGAAUAGGUUGCAGAUGUUACAGGUCACUUAUUUUUGUUGGAGGAGAAAGGUUCUGUCGUCGACGAAGUUUUCUCGCGGAGUAUUGAAGCAUUCCUUUGCAGUUCAGAAAAGUUCUCAUUCAUUCACUAUAAUUAUAGUUUAGUUCACCCAGCUCCUCGUGUCUCACGUAGGUAGCACCUCACCUUAGUUCAGAUCGUCGACUCGCCACUCAAUGUGAGAUUGUUUUAUUAGAUAAUAUAGUGAGUAGUGAUUUUGUAAUGUGUAUGUAAGGUCCCUGUCACGUAGUAGGGCCUCUUACAUAGUAAUUCCAUCCAUCUACCUCAGCAUUUGGGCCAAUGCGGCAAAUAUAAAAUUAAAAAAAAAAAAA